CUGGACUUUCCUCUAGCACAACCUUCAUUUAAGCCUUUGGAUAAAACUGGAAGAAAAGAAUCUGUGAGUACUGUGGACUUCACAGAAGGCAGGGGGCUGAAAACUGGCAAUAAAAUCAGAAAGAUGGCAGACCUGAGGCCCAGCAGUCAAACAGACCCUGAAAUUGAGCUUUUUGUGAAGGCUGGAAGUGAUGGGGAGAGUAUUGGAAACUGUCCCUUUUGCCAACGCCUUUUUAUGAUCCUCUGGCUUAAAGGAGUUAAAUUCAAUGUGACUACUGUUGACAUGACCAGAAAGCCUGAAGAGCUGAAGGACUUAGCCCCAGGCACCAACCCUCCCUUCCUGAUAUAUAACAAGGAGUUGAAAACAGACUUCAUUAAAAUUGAGGAGUUCCUAGAGCACACACUGGCUCCUCCAAGGUAUCCUCACCUGAGUCCCAAGAACAAGGAGUCUUUUGAUGUGGGCUGUAACCUCUUUGCCAAGUUUUCUGCAUACAUUAAGAACGCACAAAAGGAGGCAAAUAAGAAUUUUGAAAAAUCUCUGCUCAAAGAAUUUAAGCGUCUGGAUGACUACUUGAACACCCCACUUCUAGAUGAAAUUGAUCCAGAAAGUGCUGAGGAACUCACAGUUUCCAGAAGAUUGUUCUUGGAUGGGGAUCAGUUGACACUGGCUGACUGCAGUUUGUUACCCAAACUGAACAUUAUUAAAGUUGCUGCAAAGAAAUACCGUGAUUUCGACAUUCCAGGAGAAUUCUCAGGAGUCUGGCGCUAUCUCCGCAAUGCUUAUGCCCGUGAAGAAUUUACCCACACGUGUCCUAAAGACAAAGAAAUUGAAAAUACCUAUGCAAGUGUGGCUAAGCAAAAGAGUUAGGACAGCUCUUUCAGUAGAAAAACCUCUCUUUUCACUUGUUAUCAUAUUAGAAAAUCUUUUGGAAAUAAGAAUAUGGAAAAUAUGGUUUCCUCUAUCCAACUUUCUUAUGAAAAAGAAUGCUAUAUUUUCUGUAUCUAGUUAAUCCAAA